AUGGUUAUUCUCCACGUAAAAAGGGGUGAUGAAAACCAGUUUUUAUAUGAAACCAAUGUUAAUAACACCGUUAGUGAAGUCGUUAACGAUAUCGUAGCUAUUUUUAAUGGACGGUUGAAAGUUACAAGAAUUUGCUAUGAAAUGGAGGAACUAAAAAACCAUGGUACAUAUCUGCCACUAGAAAUGCAAGGACUGACGGAGGAACAGAUAAAAGAUCUCAAGCUAGAGGACCCAUGGGCUAAACGUUGCGCUCCAUCCGGAUAUAUCGUGAACAAGGAUGAGAUGGGUCGUCGUUGUGGUUUAGCUCCACCACCAAAUCUUCAAGAAGUGUUGAAAAAAGCCGCAGAAACUGCAAAGGAAUUUAUUAGCAAGAAGCAUGUGGACCUACGCAAGUGCUUGACCCAAAAAGACGUAUCCAGAGCUCUUGAAGAGCUACGAGGGGCUACGAAAAUCGUUUUCCCAGCAGGUCUGCCGCCUCACGACCCUGUUAGGAUGGAGUUGGAUAACGUUGAAGAUCUUUCUGGAACUCAAGCGGCUAAUGAGGUCAUAGAUCCAUCUAGAGCGUGUCUUUGGGCGUGUGGCAAAAAAUUACUAGCCGGUAACCAGUUGAGUGAUCAUUUAGGUAAAAAUGAUAAAAGUAAAGUAACAGUGAAGCUGUGUUCGUCCUCCGAAAGUGCACCAGGUAGAGAACCAAUUCUCACUGAAGAUGAGAGAAAGCAGCUGAUGCUACAAGCAUAUAGGAAGCAGGAGGAGUGGAAAAAGUUGGAACAAGAUGAUGAUGAUAGUUAUCUUGAUUCGAAAUGGGCGGAUGGUCAGAACUUGAAGAGGCACUUUCAUGGCUUAAAUGAUAUAUCCUGGAAACCAACUCUUAAUAAAAAAUUG